CCAUGAGAUGAACCUUCGAAGUGUUCUGCUAGAUAUUCAAGCAGACGCUGUGUUGCGACAACCUCGAGGAUGAACCUGAAAUUGCACCACUAGAUACAGACACAUUCAAGAAAACCAGAUACUCCGCAAGCAAGAUGCAGUUCUUCCUGUCGAGACGGUGGAAGCCGAAUAAAUGGCCUUUCUAUGUUCUGUUCGGCUUAGAACUGCCAUUGAAUAUUGCUCUUCUUGCAUUAUUCGGCAUUGCUUCGCCAAACACAUACCGCACAAAAUUGUGGCAGGAUGGUGCCGACAAUGGUUUCAACUCAAGCCCAUCCACCGGUCUGUAUGCGGCCGCUAAUUACAGACCGUAUACCACUCCCAAAGUCUGGUCACAAUUUAUAACCAACUACAACGUUGUCAUCAGCGUGCUCGGUGUAUUCAUUCUGCUUGUCAAAAGCAUCAUGUACAUGCUUCAUGUCUUCCCGCCCAUCCUCUCCGUCCUUGUGCACGCUCUCCUCAUCGCACUUUACACCGUAUCUGUCGACUACCAAGCCAGCAGCGACACCACAGACCCCGACCAUCCGCAGCACGGUCCACCUUGGUACAUUACCAAAUCCUGCAGUGUCACCAAGAACAAGAAGCUGGUGGGAUACUGCAAGCAGGCAAAAGCAAGCUUUGCCUGUACAUGCGCGAUGCUGGGGGUCUUCGUCAUCUAUUUCGCUUUCGCGGCGUGGUCCUGUUUCCCAUCGAAGCAGCAGCGAGCGGAAUAUGCAGAGAAGAAGAGGCUCAGGGCUGAGAAGUGGGCCAAGUUCGAAUCUCUUGAUGAUCCAGCCGCGGGCGAGGGUGCCUUCUAUCCGAUGCCAGAAACACCUGGCCCCCAGCGCGGUCUAAAUCCCAUGACUCCUCGAACGAUGGCGUUCAAUACUCUAGGAGGGACGAAAGACCUUCCUCUACGGAAUCAUUUCAGCUCUCCCAACAGUCCGGCAUCUCCAUCGUAUGCCAUCAGAAGUCCCGACCUCCCAAGAAGUCCGAUGAGUCCGAGCUUUGUGGACAGAGUAGUGGGUGAUGUCCGCUCUGGGAAGUCUCCCGAGCCUGAAAUCAGCUGCAGUCCGAACGCAACCUCGCCUCAGCUGUACUUCCCUCCUCCUCCCAAGACAUCGAAGAAAUGAUUCGGAAUCCCGGAUAUCAAGUCUGAAAUUGAUGUUUGCUGCUAGUGUGCCAGAAGUGAAGGUUUGUUAGGCAUGCGUUUUCUACCUAGAUCAUAAGAUUCUGGAUGUCGACUUGAAUGUGGAAAAGGCUUCAAUUUGUGUUAGUCUUACACUAUUGUGAUGAUAGGAAUGUGCCUCUGAGACAGCAGUCAGUACUGUCUCUGCCCAGAACUGGUCUUGGGGUGAAGUAUAUAUCCAUAAUUCUGCC